AUGGCAACGCAACUGGUCCCUCUCGCAGAGGUCGAGAGACUCAGUGCCUCUGUGAUCAGAAUACUAGGGGGAAAUCCGGGCAAGUUCACGCUACAAGGAACAAAUACCUAUCUACUAGGCCGUGGAGCUAAGCGCCUUCUCAUCGACACUGGAGAAGGCAAGCCGUCAUGGUCAGUGGCGUUGCAGCAAACACUCAACACGGAGCGGGCAACUGUUUCCCACGCUCUGCUCACACACUGGCACCACGAUCAUGUCGGAGGUGUACGGGACUUGAGACGGAUAUGCCCUGAGGUGCAGGUGUACAAGCAUGAUCCAGAGCAAGGCGAAGGGCAACGUGGCAUUGAAGAUGGACAGGUGUUUAGUGUGGUAGGAGCAACAGUGAAGGCACUACAUACACCUGGCCACACAAAAGAUCAUAUUGUGUUCUUGAUGGAGGAAGAAGAAGCCAUGUUUACCGGUGAUAACAUCCUGGGCCAUGGUACGGCGGUCUUCGAAGAGCUAAAGACAUACAUGUCCAGCCUGGAGAAGAUGGCCGGUCAAGCUAGUACAAAUGGCAGAGGGUACCCUGGCCACGGCCCCGUGGUUGAGAACUGCAAGUCCAAGAUAGCAGAGUACAUCCGGCAUCGGCAGCAAAGGGAAGACGAGAUUCUGCGGGUACUGAAGUACGGUUCGCUCGAUAGCAGCCAACCAGGUGAUACGAAACCUUCCGGCUGGACUCCUAUCGAGCUGGUCAAGGUUAUAUAUGCUGCAGUGCCAGAGAGCUUGCAUCUACCUGCUUCGCAUGGAGUGAUACAGGUCCUGAACAAACUGGAGCACGAAGGUAAAGUGACCAGCGAUGAACAAAGUGGGAGAUGGUCUUGUAGCAGCAAAACAGCGGCCUUGUGA